ACGUGAGACUACAGCACGUAUGAGGAUAUAACACGUGCUUUUAUUGCUGUUUAAAUAUACGCAAAGCACGCUACAAAUGUGUUAACUGUGUAUGGUGGGGGUGCUCUGUGCAGUAAUUAAGAACGUCACUUUGUCGUACGAUUUUAAUAUUAUUUGUCGAUACGCGAUGUCUGCGAAAGAGGUACCGAUAGCAGAAUUGCAACAAAAAAAAGUAUGGGUACCUUUCGUUGGCGACUUUGCGAUUUUGAAGGAAUUUUUCGCGCACAAAAGGCGGCGAGUUUGGCACGCAGUGCAAUUAUUUGACGCUUUUCUGCGUGGAUUUGGACAGACCGUUUUUGCGAAUAAUCCUCUCAGCGGGCUGCUGAUAAUAGUUACCUUGGCUGUGGUAACGCCAGGUACAUUGAUGUUGUCUGCGGCUACCGCUGGCCUUGGCCUCUUACUGUCCGUGCUCAUACGAGAACCCGAUGCUAUUGUAGAAAACGGAUUAAGCGUCUACAAUCCUCUACUGGUCGGGGCCGUAUCGUACAGUCUGAUACCGCAAAUUUACGGAGGCUUCGACUCCUUCAGCUUCCUACUCGUGCUCCUGGCGACGAUACUCAGCGUUUAUCUCUCACGGUCCCUGAGAAGCGAUAAAUUCUCAUGCACAACGUGGCCAUUUAACUUGGUGGAAUUCACAUUGAUUUUCGCUCUCUCAACGCAGAAUGGGGCGGAUAUGGUAGCCAAAUCUGUGGAACCAAUGUUUGAAAUGCACAAUGCAACAAGUGAGACGAUGACAACGGACGGCGCCGGUUUCUACGAGCAGAAUGCGACCGGCGUUUACCUCGACUGGGGAAUGGUUGUACGAGGCAGCGUUGUCUCUGCGUCACAACUGUACGGAGUUGAUAAUGUGGUCCUUGGGUCUAUCAUGUAUCUGGCAAUGUUAAUAUACUCGCCUCUAGCGACCGUGUUUUCGUAUUUCGGCGCUCUCUGCGGAACAUUCGCAGGUUUGGAGCUCGGAGCGGACAGGCACAAAGCUUACAGCGGGAUGUGGGGAUACAACAGUCUGUUGACCGGGGCUGCUUUGGGAGGGAAUCUGUUAGUGCUGAAUGGUCAAACGGCCUUCUCCGCUAUCUUGGCGAUUAUUUACACUCCACUCCUGCAGUACGCCAUAGAAUCGAUAUUUGUAAAAACGCAGUUGCCGGUGCUGACGCUACCGUUCGUGAUAGCGACUUCGUUGUUUCUAAAAUUAAGUGACGGCAAGGAGGAUCCAACAUUUCCAUGGCCCGUAUCGAUCACCUUCCCCGAGAAAGAGCGUUAUCGUUAUCUCGCCCGUCGUACGGCAUUUCGAGAGGAAGAUCCUGCGGAAGAACUUGAGCUCGUCACCCGGAAUGAAAGGAGGCCAAUCCCAUCGGAUAAUUAAUGGCUUGUCCCUCUCUCGGGUGAUAUAUAAUUACAAUUUAGUAUUACGUAGGCGACAAUUUUGCACGUUUUUCAUAUCGCGUCUUAAUCUCCUCUUAAAAUAAUCUCCUAUCAUUUUUAAAUAUUUAUUCAAAUGUAGGUAUUUAUGCUUGACUAAAAAUUGAUCAUUUAGCUUGAUUGAACUCGCCGAAUAUUUCUGACAAUGACAUUCAAUUUAAGUAACGUCAAUUCAACAACCGAAUUUAUCAUUUGUAUCUUCUCAAAUGGAAAAGGGUAUCCUUUUUACUGAUUCGCUCACGCGGAAUAGAUAAAAUUAUUCUUACGGAACUUGUGAACAUACACAUCUUUCAAGUAUCGGUGAAUGUUAAUAGGAUCGGCUAACAGUUUUGUAUUAUAUAGAUAGAAGAAUGAUAGUUAGAUAUAACUAAUCUAUUGUAGCCUGUACAAUAUUCUUUAUAGACCAGUAACAAAGAUAAUAUAUGUUAAAACUUUCGAAAAGCACGAGAUAAAAAAUUUACG